AAGAGGAGAAUAAACAUGAAUAAGAUAGUUUUAGAUGGAAAGUAUUUGCACUUUAGGCCUAUUUCUCAUAUCCUAAACUUAGUUGUGAAUGAUGGCUUGAAAACCAACCAAUUGGCCAUUUCUAAGAUUCGAACAACUGUGAGGUUUGUGAGAUCAUCCUCUCAAAGACUUGUGAAGUUUAAAGAGUGUGUUGGGUUUGCGGGAAUAACUUCCAAUAAGAUUCUUCGUCUAGAUGUUGCCACUAGGUGGAACUCAACCUACCUAAUGCUAGAGUCAGCUGAACCUUUUCAAGUUGCUUUUGAUAAGCUUGACUUUGAAGACCCUAGUUAUAUUGAGUACUAUGGGCCUAAUUCUUCUCCCCCUAAUUUUGAAGAUUGGGAUAAAGCUUGUGCCUUUAUGAAAUUCUUCAAGAUAUUCUAUGAUGCCAUAAAGAUUUUUUCAACCUCUACACAUGUAACCAUACAUGCUGCAUUUCACCAACUUUACAAAAUACACAUCGAGUUGAAGUUGGCCAUUAUGGAUUCAGAUCCUGUUAUGAGUGCCAUGGGGAAGGACAUGAAACUGAAAUAUGAAAAAUAUUGGGAAAAUGUUGUGAAGAUGAAUGAUCUAAUUUAUUUUGUUGUAGUUCUUGAUCCAUGUUAUAAGAUGAAGUUUUUUGAGUUUAUUUUACCUCAAAUGUACAAUUCUAAAUUGGAAAAUGAGUCGUUAACCAAAAUGAAAGCUAAUAUGUUGAACAUGUUUAAUUGGUAUGCUUCAGCCCAUGACAAGAAAAAUGAGCUUGAGAAAUAUUUGGAUGAACCUAACUUUGAUGAUGAUGGUAACUUUGAUCUACUGUUGUGGUGUAAAGAAAAUUCCUUGAAAUAUCCGGUUUUAUAAAAAAUGACAAGGGAUGUGUUUGCUACUCCCGUUUCAACUGUUACAUCUGAAAGUGUCUUUAGUACCAAGGGUAGAAUAUUAGAUAGUUUUAGUAGCUGCCUAAAUCCGAAAAUGGUUGAGGCUUUAUUUUAUGCUCAAGAUUGGUUGAGGCCUUCUCUUAAUCAACUCAAGGACCAGAUCAUCCAACAAGAUCUGGAAGCAUCUGAAAAAAUUGUUAGAGAAUUAUGUGAAUCCUUAGCUUCUACAUCUUUUGGAGUAACACCUAUUCCUUCUGCAACUACACCAGCUUUUGAUCCAUUUGCUGCUGGUCCAUCUUCUCAGUCACGACCUUUUGGUCAUGAUUGAGAACUUUCUGGUAUUUAUAUUUUUUAUUUCCUUGUGUACUUGCUUCUCAUCCUA